GNAAAUUAGGUUUAGGUUUAGAAUUUUCUGCUUUCUGUUCUCCGACUCUUCACGCCUCUUCCUCUUUCAUCUCCUCCGGUCUCCCAGGUUCGGCGGCUAACAUCUCCGCUUUGGGAUUUGCAGUUCAAUCUUAUCAACCCCACACAUUGUAAUAGUGAGAAAUGGAUAUCGAUCCAAAAGCACCAGAAAGUGCUGCUUCGGUGGCUCCAGGCGAUACUGAAUCUACGACUAAAGAUGCUGACAGCAUAUCUGAGACAAUGAGUCAACUGAAUAUUGGAGAGGCAUCCUUUGGCUUCAAGAAGAAGCCAGUUAUAGUAAUCGUUGUGGGUAUGGCAGGAAGCGGAAAGACUACCUUUCUUCACCGGCUAGUUUGCCACACAAUGGCAUCAAAUAUCCGUGGUUAUGUUAUGAAUCUCGAUCCUGCUGUUAUGACCCUUCCAUAUGGAGCAAACAUUGACAUCAGGGACACUGUUCGAUACAAGGAGGUUAUGAAGCAGUUCAAUCUUGGACCAAAUGGAGGAAUUUUGACUUCCCUUAACUUGUUCUCGACAAAAUUUGAUGAGGUCAUAUCUAUGGUCGAGAGGCGUGCAGAUCAGCUUGACUAUGUUUUGGUUGACACGCCCGGACAAAUUGAAAUUUUCACUUGGUCUGCAUCUGGGGCUAUUAUUACCGAGGCUUUUGCAUCAACAUUUCCCACCGUAAUUGCUUAUGUUGUUGAUACACCACGUUCAGCAAAUCCAGCUACCUUCAUGAGCAACAUGUUGUAUGCUUGUAGCAUCCUUUACAAGACUCGAUUGCCACUAGUGUUAGUAUUCAACAAGACGGAUGUAGCGCAACAUGACUUUGCCCUGGAGGUAUUUCAUGCGGCAUUGGAUUCUGAUCAUUCUUACACAUCAACUCUGACCCGUAGCCUCUCGCUGGCUUUGGAGGAAUUCUAUAUGAAUCUUAGAUCCGUCGGAGUUUCUGCAGUCACUGGGGCUGGAAUGGAUGCCUUCUUCAAGGCCAUUGAAGCCAGUGCUGAUGAGUACAUGGAAACUUACAAGGCUGAUCUUGACAAGAGACGGGCAGAGAAGCAACGGCUGGAAGAAGAAAGGAGAAAGGAAAGCAUGGAGAAGCUGAGGAGAGAUUUGGACAAGUCCCGUGGAGAGACUGUGGUGUUGAGCACAGGUUUGAAGGACGAUGUUGAUGAUGACGAUGAAACACAGGAAGAGGACUAUGGGAAGUUCAGUGAAGAAGAUGAGGAAAUGCAAGCUAGUGAUGAGAUAGACGAAGAUGACGAAGAGGAGAAACUCGGAGAAGAUCAAGAAUUGCCACAAACCCUUUUGAGAUUUGAUGAUCAUAUAGCUAAAGUUAAGGAGAUUAAUGUAAUAUGCAUUGAUGAAUGCAAAAGAGGUUGCAAGAAAACAGUAGUUCCCGGCAAAACAUUUUCAGCCCCAAUGAUACGACGUAGCUAUGACUCAGACGAGACUGAGUUUGCAACUGCAGUUGCUGCUUCUGCAUAUGCCAUACAUUCCCUGGCUCAAAAUUCAAAGGAAAAUAGCCAAAGAAAUGACCCCUUUAGGCCACUACAAGGAGGCUCUUCGAGGAUGCCAUCUGCAACAAAAGCUACUGAUAAGAAUCCAUCUAUUGGUCGGCCGACUGGCUCUUUACCUGAGGACCACAGACUGAAGCCAGCUUCAAUGGGACUCGCAAGUUCAGAGGCCAAAGCUAAUGCUUGGGAGAAAGCUCAAAUAGAAAAGAUUCGAAAACGGUACGAAAAGAUGCAAUCGGAGAUUAUAGCUUGGGAAAAUGAGAAGAAACUGAGAGAGAAACAUGAAAUGGAGAGGAAAAAGAAAGAACUUGAGCAGAGAAAAUCAAGAAACUUGAAACACUACUAUAACAAGAUAGCCAGGAUUGAUCAUAUAGCACGUGGCGCAAAGGCACAACUUGAGGAGAAACGAAAACAUGAAGAGUUUAUUGUGAAGGAGAAAGCAAGGAAAAUUAGAUCAACUGGAAAAACUCCAGUCAAGUGCUUCUGUUUCUAAUCUUACCACUGGACCAAAAGCAAGAUAUUAACACAAAGCUUCUAACUUUAUAGUUAUAAUUCAUUGCUGUGAUUAGUAGCCUGUAAAUAAUGUUCAAGAAUAAACAGGGGAGUUGUAAAUCUGAAGAAGCAUUAAAUUGCACUGGAAUUACAGUCCUCGAAUGCAAAUAUUUUAAACUAUACCACAAAAUACUCAUCUUGUUCCACACUGAUACAUGUACUUGUAAAUUUCAACAAUCAAACAUAAUGUAGGAGCU